UAAUUUGCCUCAUUCAGCCGGCGCUGUGAGGGGUUCCAGAUGAAAAGUCUCAAAAGUCGUCAUUCGAAUAAAUAAAAAACUGAAGCAAACGCGUCUGCUCCACGACAGUUCAACAAACGGACACUUCAACGGCGCUGCUCCGUUGACCAUUCCAUUCUCAUUCAAUCCCUCUCUCCGCUCCUGGAUUGGCUUUGCUCUGUCUUUUUCUUCUUCUUCCUCUGUCUCCCCAUUUUACACUUUCGGUUGCUGUCCCGUGCCAAAACCGAGUGGUUUUUGGUCGGCCACGGCUCAGAGCCGCAGAAAAAAGGGUCAAGUUCACGAGACUUUACCCUCUUGAAACCACAAUUGAUUUCAUCGAUUCUUCAAUUCUUUCUUGUAUGGGUGUCUCUCGUUACAGCUUCCAAUGAGAAUUCCGUUCACUUCAUGGGUUUUCCUGAUACCCAUUUGCUCAAUUUUCCUCAGCUUUUGUAUCUUUGUGGUGGCUGGCCAAUGUUUGGACAGUCAGAGGUCCUUGUUGCUCCAAUUGAAGAACAACCUUACAUUCAACACUGCCAUGUCCAAAAAACUUGUUCGGUGGAAUCAAAGUGCCGAUUGCUGUUCUUGGGAAGGUGUAAACUGCUCGGAGGGAAGUGUUAUUGGUCUCGAUCUGACGAACGAAGCCAUCUCCGGUGGACGUGACAACUUAAGCAGCCUCUUCAAUCUUCAGAAUCUCCAGAACCUGAGUUUGGCUCACAACAACUUCAACGGUUCUCAAAUUCCAUCGGAGUUUGAGAAGAUGACGAAUUUGAGUUAUUUAAACCUAUCAAAUGCUGGCUUUGCAGGGCAGAUACCAAUUGAAAUUUCGCGCUUGACAAGGUUGGUUUCUCUUGAUUUAUCUGCCGUUUACUUCCCCGACACUACUACUCUGAAACUUGAGAAUUCAAGUCUCAAUGUGCUGGUUCAGAACCUUACGAUUGACGGAAAUAUACCAAACUGGCUCGGAGAACUUCGUAAUCUUAUGUACUUAAAUCUCUCUUUUAACCGACUGGUGACUCUGGAACGACCUUUCUCCAAUCUUUCUUUUUUGAAUGUCCUGGACCUUAGUUCAAACCAGCUCCAGGGACAACUCCCAGUUCUACCAGAGUCUGCCACGUACUUGGAUUUCUCGAGGAAUAAUUUCAGCUCUGUAAUACCAGCUAGUAUUGGUGACUCCCUUACUUUUGCUUAUUUAUUGUCUCUUUCUAGCAAUAAGUUAAGUGGGAGUAUCCCUGAAUCAAUUUGCAAUGCGGCAUAUCUUCAAGUUCUAGAUCUGUCUAAUAAUUUCCUCGGUGAAAAAAUACCCCAAUGCUUGACUAAGAUGAGUGUGACUCUUGGGGUGCUGAAUCUAAGGAGAAACAGACUCACUGGCUCAAUUCCUGAUUCCUUUCAAGUCAAUUGUAGUUUACAAACUUUGGAUUUCAAUGGAAACCAAAUAGAAGGACGGUUACCGAAGUCUCUAGCCUAUUGCACAAAGUUGGAGGUCUUGAACAUCGGGUAUAAUCUCAUCAAGGAUGUUUUCCCAUGUUACUUGAAGAAUGCAUCCAUGUUGCGAGUCCUUGUCUUGCGAUCUAACAACUUUGGUGGGUCUGUUAGUUGUUCAGAAUCUAAUGCCACGUGGCCAAUGCUUCAAAUUGUAGACGUAGCUUCAAACAAUUUUACUGGUAAACUUUCAAAAAUUUCUGAGUGGAAGGCAAUGAUGGAUGAUGAAAAUGGGGCCCAAUCAGAGCUCAAUCACCUCCAAUACCUCCAAUAUGAAUUCUUGAGUUUCAAUCAAUUUUACUAUCAAGAUACCAUAACAGUUACUCUCAAAGGUCUAGAUGUGGAUUAUACCCACUUAGACCAGCAAAAUGGUGGAUGA